AUGUCGACCGAUUCUGCCGCAGACGAAGCUGCUCAGGCAGCCUUGUACAAGUCCACGGUUGAGCACUGGACGCUGUAUGCAAUUGGGGUUACGGUGACCCUACUCCGGACGUACGCCCGGGUGAGAGCCGUGGGAUUCAGACACUUACAAGCCGAAGACUUGCUUGUGUGGGUUGGAAUUGUAUUCUACACGGCACAGACAGCGCUUGCGUACAGCGUGGGCCAUGUCGCACAUGGCCUCGCGAAUAAUGGCUUGACCGACGCUCAACGGGCUGCACUGUCCCCUGAUGAUCCAGAAUACCGAGCGGCGGUAAUUGGCUCGAAAAUUCAAGUCGCUGGGUGGACUACAUAUUCGGUGUUGAUGUGGUCGCUCAAGUUGUCCAUGCUGGCAUUCUACCUUCGACUUACAGAUGGUCUUGGUCAGCGGUAUCGCAAUCCCAUCUAUGUUGGGUUCGGUCUUGUCAUCGGAACAUUCCUCGUCAGCGUGAUCACCAUCUUCGCGGCUUGCCGGCCAUUCCACAAGUACUGGCAGAUCAACCCAGAUCCUGGGAAUGCCUGCCAGGCCGCCAUAUCCAGACCGAUCAUCUGGGCCUCCUUUGCAUCCAACGUGUCCACCGAUAUCUACCUCAUCUUAAUCCCCAUCCCCAUGCUCUGGAGAUCCCGCCUAAAACUCAUGAAAAAGAUCGCCGCGACCGUUGUCUUCGGCGCUGGACUGUUCGUGCUCGUGUGCGCUAUCCUAAAGAGCGUGUUUGUCUUGGUGGACCCCGUAGAUGGCGCACAGCUGGCCGGCGAAUGGGGAAACAGGGAGGCCUUUGUCGCAGUGGUUACUACCAAUCUUCCCAUGAUCUUCCAUCUCUUUCGAUCCUGGCUCUCGCGACUCUUUGGCACCGCGUUCGGCAGCUCCCAGAAGACAUACAAAUUUCCCAGCGGGUUUCAGACUAUCGGUGGCGGUGCUGGUGAGUCCUUUAGCCGGAAUCGUCGGGGUCCGCCCACGGUUCAUCCUAUCAGCGCCAACUUGACCUUCAGCGAGAGUGAGGAGCGGAUAGUUGACGAUGUGAAGAUGAAUAACUUGGAGGCGCUUGGUACACCCGGCACUGGUCGUGACCAUCCUCCCGGUGGCAUUGUAGUGUCUAAUCAAAUUGAGAUCACCCAUGAGAAUAGAAACAGCCAUCUUGGUGGGAGUGAUCAGCCUCGUGGGGGGAAUUGGUGA